AUGCAACCAUCAUUGUCACUAUGCUCACCCCAGACUUUGUCGUCGUCAACUUCAGUGCUGGACACCAAUACUAGUAGCGACGGCAGCAUCACUCUCAACGUCAAAACUAUGCGCAGAAAUACCAUUCAUUCCAAUAUUACACCACCCAUCGCCACGCAACCUAUUCCGAAAAAGUCACAACAAAUUAGAACUGACAAACCAAGACCGCACAUGUGCAGUGUUUGUACGCGUGCUUUUGCCAGGUUGGAACAUUUAAAACGUCACGAAAGAGCCCAUACAAAUGAAAAACCUUACCAGUGUGCUGCUUGCGGUAGAUGUUUUGCUCGUCGUGAUUUGGUAUUGCGUCAUCAACAAAAACUUCAUACCAAUUUACCCACUUUGAUGCGUAAAGGUUCCUCUAAAGACCAAGAUAUCAACGAACAUAUAAAUGUAUUGCAAAACAACACAGAUCCAAAUGCCCCUUUACCAAAUGGUGCUACACCUUUAUCAGAGGCUGUUGAUGGAAGUGAUGCCGAUACAAACAACAGUAGACCACAAUUUCGCACCGGGCUCUUUGACAUUAGCAAUCAAACCCAAGCAGAUGGAAGCCUGCCGCAUCAUCUACUGAUGGGACCAUCGCCUAUCACUUCAAGCAAUUCACCUAGACCUAGUAUUACUCUACAUAGCAGCAAUGCAAGAAGAGGAAGUGUCUCGUUUAACCAGCAAGCAAAAGCAACGCCAAUGUCGCGUCAAAAUUCAACAACCUCAAAUAGAAGGAAAUCAAGUCAAGUUAAGCAAGAACCAUCUCCAGAAUCUGAUACACCCAAGAGAAAAAAGAUGACGACUUUUAAACCUACUUCGGAAUUCACCGACAAAUCAUCCCAUUUCUUACACAACUAUAGACACGCGUCGUAUUCAGCUGCGUCGGGAAUUUCGUAUGCGAACAUUAAGGAGGCAAAGCAAAUCCAAGAGCACAAUGCGCUUGAGUUUGGAAAUGCAGUACCGACACAAGUUGAGUUUGGGACACCACCACUUGGUCCUCAUAGUGAAGACUACCAUAAAAUCAUGGAAAUGGGUGAUUUAUUAGAUUGGGGUAAUAUUGACCAUUUGGACUUGAGUGAUGAUAAGUUUUCGCUUCGUCAGAAAUCGUUAAAGAAUUUACAAGAUUUUUUCACUCUUGGGCCUAAAAAUAGCGAAUUGAAGUCAGUACCUAUGCAGCAUGCACAAAGUGUUCCACAGAGAAAGUCUAUUUUUGCUAUAGACGACGAGAGUAUGGAUCCAACAGCUGGAUUUCCAAUCCAACCGCCACCAAUUGAGGAAAAUGAACCGGCUCCAGAACAAUUGCAACAACCGGAUCAGCUACAAUCACAGAUACAGACACAGAUGCAGACACAGCCACAGCCACAGCCACAAUCACAAUCACAACCACAGCAGCAGCAUCAACAGCAGCAGCAUCAACAACAGCAGCAUCAACAGCAGCAGCAACCACAGCAACAACCCCAAUUGCAUCAGCUACUGCCGCAAUCUCAACAAGGCUCGAUUUCUUCUGUUGGCAGCAUUGAUCCUCUGCAUUUGAGCAACAACAACAAUGGCAACGUGCCAAGCGUGAGUAAAAGGUCAAGAUCAUCAAUGGAAGCUUCAACCACUCCACAAGCCAACUUACUUGGAAAUGCCAAUAUUGCACCCACUUUCCCUAGCGAAAGUGAUUGGGUUAAGGAUUUGGUUACCCCAGCGUUUGAUUUGAAUUUGAAUUUCAGUGCCAAUACCAGUUUCGAAGAUUUAAAAGGCUACUUCAAUAACCAGAAGCUAAAUGAAAAUACAGUCAAUCUCCCCAAGAAACAAGCACAGGAUUUCAUGCAGCAAUUGCUUAGUGCCAGUGGGCAAGACGCGUCACACCUGAUUGAUUAUUCUAUUGAAUUUCCACCCAAUUUCUUCAAUUUUGAUUCAACUUUGAUUUCAGCUGAGACUAGGGAAAAAAUGAUUUCCAUGAGUCACGUUGAUAGUAAAGAAUUUCCUUCUUUGGAGAGCUUAAAGUACUAUGCGCAAAUGUUUGAAUUUGGGUUCAACAAGUAUUGCUCAUUUAUCCAUUUGCCAUCUUUGAAAAAUGUACGUGGACAAAACUUUGAAACGGUGCCACUUUUAUUGGCAAUCACUGCUAUUGGAUCCUUGUAUGCCUACAAUAACCAUGAUGCGUUGUUAUUGUUCAACAUGUCUAAGUAUCACAUACAAAGCUUUUUUGAGAGAGAAUUGACUGUUGAUAACCUUCAGUUUAAAAAGAUUCCAUUGAUGGCACACCAAUGUCUUGUUUUGCACAUUAUGCUUUCGUUGUUUUUCAAUGAACCGAAUGUAAUUGACAUCACUGCAAGACAAAUCAAGUCAAUGAUUGGAUUGAUCAAAUCAACCAAUUUUAAUGAACCAUUGGAGCAAUCAAUCAUUCCACCACAAGCUGCACCUCACGGAUUAAUGAACAACGAUGAAAUCAAACCGAUUAUUCAGCACAACUAUGACUAUUUCAUUUUAGCGCAAUCGAGAAUUAGAACUUUGCAUACGUUUUACAUCUUGCAAGUGUUUAGAUCUAGUAUCACGGGUGCACCAAUUUUAUUUCCCGCAACAAUGAUGAAGAGCGGAUCUUAUUGCACUAACCGUGAGCUUUGGUGGAGCCCCAAUGCCAGUAGCUGGUAUGACACUGUUUGCAAGACAAACCCUCCAAAUUGGUCUAUUGUUAAGUUGAGCAAUGGCACGACUGUGAAUGAGCUCAUUAGUUAUUUGCAGAACCCAAACCCAAUGAACAGCAUUCCCAAUGCCAACCUUCUCACUAUCUUGUUCAAUAUUCAUGAACAAGUUGGUGCUGACUUGCGAGCUGGUGAUUUCAGUUAUAUGAAUUGGAAUGUUGAAAAAAGACCCAAGUAUCACCAUUUGAUGAACAAUUGGCAGAUUCUUUUUUACAAAAACAAUGGUAAUUUAGACACAUCGUCAUUAAACUGUGAUCAGUUUAGCCAUUCACCCGAUUUGAAACAGAUUAUCCCUCUUUGGUAUAUGUUGAAGAUGAAGUUGGAUAUCAAUCUCGAUGCUACUUUCAGCCACAUUUUCAAAAAGGACUAUGCAUCAAUGAAUAAGGAAUUGGACUUGAUGGAUUACCGUGAAUCGAACUAUAGUGUCUUGAGCAAAUCAUUGGGUUCAGGCUAUAGUAUUUUGGAUUUGUGGAUACAAACUACUGAGACAAAUAGCCUUGAUGUGCGUGAAACUACUGUUCGUACGCCAGUAUUCUUAUUUUGUGGAUUAUUGGCUAGUAUUUUGGUAAUAGCUACCUAUCUUGAUUUCUUGGAACAGCAAUGCAAGAGAAGGGAUAUUUCUAAUCAAGAAUUAAUGGAGUGGCUAAGAUGUCAAGAAACCUUUACCAAGAUGGAAAAAGUUUUAACUCCAGGUGUAAAGUCGGUAUAUUCAGAUGUGUUGACCAAAGAUAUGCAUAAUUUAAGUAUUGUUACUGAUUCACUUCGAAACAAGAUUAUUAAAUUGAGUGAAGAAAGAUCGAAAUGUGAUGAUAAUUUAUCACGCGGAGUUGGUUUGGAUUUGAAUAGAGACCGGGUAAUGAAGUUGAAUCAAGAGAUUAGAGAUUAUGUGAUCAAGAAUAAUUUGUCCAACAGGGCCUUUUAUUUGGGUAUUAGAGUGUUUGCUGAUGCCCCUGUAUGGCCAGCAGCUAUGGGUUUUGCUGAAGCUUUGCAAAUUAGAUCAGCCCAUUUGGCACAACAGCAGAGAAACAUGUUUUAA